AUGUGGCAGAGACAAUGCAUAGCAAAGGCUUCGCCAAGGUGCGCUGCCAAGAUUUUCAUCUCUCAGUUUCAACGCUGUGCCUUUACCACGAAUUCCCGUUACCUGGCAGCUAGUAGGCCAAUUAGCUACUUUACCCCAGCCAAUUCUAGUUUCACUCUCAAUACAGAGUUUCUUGCCCCGUUCCAUCACUCGCUCAGCAAUACUAUACCUGAUUGGCAACCGACUGGUGGUCGCAUCUACAAGAUUAUCUUUGUUUCGUUACGUCGUCGUGGUUUACCUGUGAGAUUGAAGAUUGAGUAG